AUGGACGGCGCCACUGUACCACGAUCGUCCUCGCGACCGAGACCCUCAUCUCGCCCAACGACACCCCUACGACCGAGCUCGCGCUCUUCCCUUCGAGAAGCCCACAGUUAUGGUCACAGCAUCAGCGCCUCCGGAUACAACCAGCCCGCUAUCAAUGCACUGGAACCACAAUUUGCUGAGCUCGCCGACUCCAUGGCGGACCUGGAGGCCAAUUUCAUGCACCUGCAGCUGAUGCACGAGAGCUUGACACGGUUUAGCGAGAGCUUUGCCAGUUUCCUGUAUGGCCUGAACAUGAACGCGUUUUGUGUGGAUUUCCCCGAGGCCCCAAUUCCCGAUUCCUUCAAGAGAGCGAAGCAGGCUGAGGACGAGAAAGAAGCAGAAGAAACCGAGGCGGCGGUGCGCCCGGCCGACGAUGGCGAGAUGACUUUCCUAACUACGGACACCUCCUUCGUCGAGCACCCACCUAGCACCGUCUCCUCCAAACAAACCUCGAAAUACAAUAGUCGUGGGACUGCCCGGGGCACCACUCGCGGCACCACGCGCGGCUCAGCGAGCAGCCGGUAUGCGACACGAGGAGCAUCUGCCCGCGGGCGUCCGAGUGCGCUGCCCCGUGGACGAGGUACGCGAUGA